CGUGGACCGAGGGCCGUGCGUCCUCGCCCGGGCAGAGGCUGACCAGCGGCUCACUCCCCAGAUGCCAGGCAGAAACAAGGAGCCCAGAACUCCAAGCAGCUUUCCCACGUGGAGGUCAGAGAGCCACGUGCUUGCGCCAUCACCUGCCGCCUCCCUGGGAGUGUGCCCACAGGAGGCGGAGUGGAGAGCACAGCCCAGACUGGAACGCAGGCACUCCAGUGGAGUGGCACACCCAGUGGAACAUGGGUGCCCUAGCAGCACCUCAACCGCUGUUCCAUGCGCUCGCCCGGGGGUUAUUUCUGGAAUGCUCUUGACCUGGGGAGGGUAACGCAUCAUCGUUCAUUGGUGGUCGUGUAAGUAACCAGGUAGAAGUUGUUGUUUCAACAGUGGGAGCACAGCGGGGCACUGGGACAUCAUCCCUUGGGCGUGGUUAGGAUGGGCUGAGGGGUGGUUGUGGUUGGGGGCAGACCGGGCAGCAGGCAUGGACGGGGCGGGGUGGGGGGGCUCGUACUGCUGUUGCUUGGAGACUUCAGGUCCUGGCCGACUCUGGGCCCUAACUUCUGGGAGAGACGGCUGGCAGAGGCGACGGAGUGGCUGAGGCCAGGUUCCCUCCUCCUCCUUCCUCUUCUCCCCCUGGGAGCUUCCGUGUCCCCCACGCCAUUCCUGGCUGGUUUUGGCUGAUUUUGUUGACGGCCCUGUUCUCACCUCUUCCGUGUGUGCGGUUAAGGUUUUCUUGCUGGCUCGCAUCCGUCCCCACUCACCCAGCACAGCUCCAGGAAGAAUUGGAGCCUCGUUCAGCCCUGACUCCCUCCCCCAUCGGCUGCCAGGGCUUCAGCCAGCCUCCGUGUGCACCGCGGACUCAGGAGGAACUUGGAAUUUAGGCUGCCGGCCUGGCGUUCUCAUGGGACUCGGGGCCCGGCAGAGGGGGGUGCGUGCUGUGCCCGCUGGAAGGUGGAGAGGGGAAGCUGCUCGGCGGCGGGUCCCGGGAGAACAGCCGGGAGAGGAUGCAAAGCCAGCUGCUCUGGGCCGCAGCUGGGGCGAGCGCGCCGGGCGUCCAGGACUGCGAAAGGCAAUGUUACUCCUCCCCUUGUUCAGCCCCCGCCGUGGAGCAAACACUUGGCACGUGCGUCCUGCCUCCACCAGCCACCUGGGGCCUAACCUCUCACCUGCCAGGACUUGCUGUGGAACUUGAGCCAGCCCCUCCCUCACCCUGUCUUCAUGUGUGGAAGGAGCCCAGCCUCUGUCCUCGGAGGGGCUGUGGUGAUGUAACACACAGGGACUGAGGGUGGGCUGGGGCAGGCACCGCCCCACACAAGCCCCGUGGCCUCUGCCCACCCCUCUCCACCAGCCGCCCAGGAAAUACUCAUAUUUACUGGGCUCGGCCAGUGUUCUGGAAUCUUGUCCUCCCCAGUGUCGUCCUGGUUCUAGAAUCCCAGUGCGAUCCCAGACAGGGCACCGCAGAGCCAGGCGGGCCUGAUCCCAGUGCGAUCCCAGACAGGGCACCGCAGAGCCAGGCGGGCCUGAUCCCAGUGCGAUCCCAGACAGGGCACCGCAGAGCCAGGCGGGCCUGAUCCCAGUGCGAUCCCAGACAGGGCACCGCAGAGCCAGGCGGGCCUGAUCCCAGUGCGAUCCCAGACAGGGCACCGCAGAGCCAGGCGGGCCUGCCGCCUUCCCGGCAUCUCCGGCGUGGCUUGAGCCCACGCGGCAGCCGCCAGGAUGCGCUGGCAGGACCGCGUCGCUGUGCUCUUCUUCCCGCCAGGCAUGAUGCUCACCGUGGCCGCCCUGGUGCUCUUCGUCCUGAACCUGGGCGUCUUCCUCAGCGACGUGAACAACUUCUGCAUCACCCACCACUACGACCGCAUGAGCUUCCACUACACGGUCGUCCUGAUGUUCUCCCAGGUGAUCAGCAUCUGCUGGGCCGCCAUCGGGUCCCUCUACGCGGAGAUGACGAGUAACAAGUUCCUCCGGUGCUUCGCCCUGACCGUCCUGAUGCUCAAUGGAGCCAUGUUCUUCAACCGCCUGUCCUUGGAGUUUCUGGCCAUCCAGUACCGGGAGGAGAACCACUGAGGCCUGGGGCCGGGACGAGCUGCCAAGGGCCAAGGAAAAGGCUACUUCGGUGUUUUAAUAAAG